CCAAAGAGUUAUCUCAGAGCUGCUUCAUGUUGGACAAGUGGGGAAAAGGUUGACAUCUUAUUUAACCUUAUUUUAUAGCAGUAGGCAGGACACAGUCUUAAGAGACUACAUUGUCACUCACUCAGCCAAGCCUGAAGAGGAUACAUUUCUUAAUAGAUUACAUUGCAGAAAUAAGGAAUUUGUUAGACCAAUCUGUGCUCUUUGGUGAAAAACAUCACCUCUGUUUGCUGCUGGUCAGGUGGGAUGGAAGAAACAUGUUGUCAGCUCUAGACAAAUACUGUGGCUCUGUGUUUUGGAAUGCGUCGUACCUGCAGCGUCCAGACCCUGAUUUGCCGGUGUGUUUUGAAAGGACAGUGCUGGUGUGGCUUCCAUUAGGUUUUCUGUGGCUUUGUGCCCUGUGGCACUUGGCUUCUCUCUGCAAGAAAUCUUCCAGAGUUCCAGUCUCAAAACUCUACAUCUGCAAGCAGGUUAUUGCUGGGCUACUGUUUCUGGCAGCAAUAGCGGAGCUAGCUGUCACACUCGGUCAAGAUUAUGGGCCAUCAAGUGAUUCCACAACUCCAAAAAAUCCAAUAGUGUUUAUCACAAACCCUGUUCUCUUUGCUGUGUCAUGGAUAAUCUUGAUGUUGUGUCAAGAGUCUUUGCGGCACAAAGUGACUUCCGUCGACUCUGGAAGCCUCUUCAUUUUCUGGGUGCUUGUAGUGGUGUGUGAGAUCUUUCCGUUCCAGACGUUACUAAGAGAUGCCUUCAGUAAGGAAGAAUUAGUUGAUCUUCCACGCUUUUGCCUGUUCUACAUCAAUUUUGGACUGAAGCUGAUCGCUUUUGUCUUAUCAGCUAUUGCUGACAUUUCACCUGAAGUUCAAAAUAUUUCCAAAAAGAAUCCUGAAGCUAGAGCAACGUUUCUCAGCAGAAUCACAUUUAACUGGUUCAACAGCAUGGUUUUUAAAGGUUACAGGAGGCCUCUGGUCCAGGAGGACAUGUGGGAUUUGAAUAAAAGUGAUUCCACUCAUGACAUCUGUCAGCGGUUUGAGGAGGUAAUGAACAAAGAGGUGAAGAAAGCUCAAAUCGUUCUGCAGAAGAAAAAACAGAAGCAAACCAUCAGUGACUGUCAUCAUGGCUUGGCCAAAGGAAUCAGUCAGGAUGUUCUAGUCAUGGAAAAGACAGGGGGAAGCAAAGAGAACAGCAAGAAAAGAAAGAAGGAUUCAGAAGCAGACCAUCCACAUUCCUGGCUUAUUCCCACCAUUUGUAAAACAUUUAAAGGUGUUCUCAUCGAGUCUGCUGUUCUCAAGCUGCUGCAAGAUCUUCUAGCAUUUGCAAGCCCACAGCUUCUCAAGUUAAUGAUAUCAUUUACUCAGGACAAAUCCAUUCAAACCUGGACAGGCUAUUUGUACGCUGUUCUGCUUUUGUUGGUGGCGUUUUUUCAGUCUGUAUUCCUACAACAGUAUUUUCAGCGAUGUUUUGUCCUGGGUAUGAAAGUACGCACAGCAAUUAUGGUUGCUGUCUAUAAGAAGGCAUUAGUUGUAUCCAACGACUCUAGGAAAGAGUCUACAGCUGGAGAGAUUGUCAACUUGAUGUCAGCGGAUGCCCAAAGGUUUAACGACGUCACCAACUUUAUCCAUUUGCUUUGGUCAUGUCCGCUGCAGAUCGUUUUGGCCAUAAUUUUCCUUUGGUUUGAGCUGGGCCCAUCUGUCUUAGCCGGGCUGUUGGUCAUGGUGCUGAUGGUACCCAUCAAUGGCUGGUUGGCAACCAAGUCGAAAGGCUUGCAGAUGAAGAACAUGAAAUAUAAAGACAAUCGUAUGAAAAUUGUGAACGAUAUACUGAAUGGAAUAAAGAUCCUGAAGUUUUACGCAUGGGAGGCAUCUUUUGAGGCUCAGGUCCAGGCAAUAAGAGAAAAUGAGCUGAAGGUCAUGAGGAAGUUUGCCUACCUCUCUUCGGUCUCCACCUUCUUAUUUUCAUGCGCUCCAGCUAUCGUCUCUCUGGCGACCUUUGCUGUAUUUGUGUCUGUGAGUCCUGACAACAUCUUGGAUGCAGAGAAAGCUUUUACCUCAAUCUCACUUUUUAAUAUCCUGCGCUUUCCGCUGGUCAUGCUUCCACAGCUGAUUUCUGUCAUGGUCCAGACCAGUGUAUCUAAAAAAAGGCUAGAGAAAUUUCUUGGUGGGGACGAUCUGGACUCAAAUGCUGUUUCACAUGACAACACAAACAGUGCUGCGGUGAGUAUUUCUGAAGGCACGUUUUCCUGGGAGAGAGGAACAGAUCCAAUUCUGAAGAAUGUAUCUCUGGACAUUAAUGAAGGACAUCUGGUGGCGGUGGUCGGGGCCGUGGGCUCGGGCAAGACGUCCCUGAUAUCAGCUCUGCUGGGAGAGAUGAACAAAAUCAAGGGUCACAUUAAUCUCAAAGGAUCUGUAGCGUAUGUGCCACAGCAGGCCUGGAUACAGAAUGCGACUCUAAAAGACAACAUUCUUUUUGGAUCGGAGCUGAAUGACAAAGAGUACCAGUCCGUGGUGGAUGCUUGCGCCCUGCGACCAGACCUGGACCUCCUGCCAGGUGGAGAUCAGACUGAGAUUGGAGAAAAGGGUAUCAAUCUGAGCGGGGGACAGAAACAGAGAGUGAGUCUGGCCAGGGCAGCUUAUAGCUGUGCAGAUGUCUACCUGCUUGAUGACCCGCUGUCUGCUGUAGACUCACAUGUGGGAAAACAUUUGUUUGAGAGGGUGAUUGGACCAAGAGGACUUCUCAAAAAUAAGACCCGUAUCUUGGUUACACAUGGAGUCAGCUUCUUGCCAUAUGUGGAUGCGAUCGUUGUGUUGGUGGAUGGGGUUGUUUCUGAAGUAGGGUCCUACAACAGCCUUCGAGCCAGCAAAGGGGCCUUUUCUGAAUUCCUGGACACGUAUGCAAAAGAGGAAAGCAUCAAAGCUGAUGGCUCUAAAGAUCAGGACUCCUCGGGCUAUGAAGAGUUUGACACAGUUCCUGAGAGUUUGGAGCCACAGGCCGAUGGCUCUCCUGAGGACGUCAUCUCAAGCACGCUGAAAAGAGAAAACAGCUUACGCCACAGCCAGCGUCACACUCAACAGAAUGGAAGACUAAGGAAAAACAGCUCAAUCACAGUCAGAAAAGACUCCGGCGAUAAGAAGGGACAGCGACUGAUUGAGAAAGAGGCUAUGGAGACAGGAAAAGUGAAGUUCUCAGUCUUUCUUCAAUAUUUGAGGGCUAUGGGCUGGGGUUAUACAAUCUGGAGCUUUCUGAUCUACUUCGUUCAGAACGUGGCCUUUAUCGGUCAAAACCUGUGGCUCAGUGACUGGACCAAUGAUGCUGUGGAAUAUCUGAACUCAAGCUACCCGGCUCAUGUAAGAGACACUAGAAUAGGUGUCUUCGGAGCGCUGGGAAUAGCACAAGGUUUCCUGGUAUUUUUUGGUACUAUACUCUUAGCAAAUGGAGCGGUUGAUGCAUCCAGGAUUCUACACACACAACUGCUGUCAAACAUUCUGAGGGUGCCCAUGGUAUUCUUUGAUACCACGCCGUCGGGACGCAUAGUCAACCGUUUUGCUAAGGAUAUAUUUACUGUGGAUGAGUUGAUCCCCAUGUCCUUCAGAUCCUGGAUUCUGUGUCUUCUUGGAGUUCUGGGAACUUUGUUUGUGAUCUGUCUGGCUACUCCACUUUUUACUGCAGUUGUGGUUCCAAUGGCUGUUAUCUACUACUUUGUGCAGAGGUUUUAUGUUGCCACAUCCAGACAGCUGAGGCGACUGGACUCUGUGUCUCGAUCGCCCAUAUACUCACACUUUGGAGAAACCGUAUCAGGCCUCUCUGUCAUCAGGGCAUACGGACACCAGCUGCGUUUUCUCCAUCAAAAUGAGCAAACCAUUGAUGAGAAUAUUAAAAGUGUUUAUCCUUGGAUUGUUUCUAAUAGGUGGUUGGCCAUGCGCUUGGAAUCUCUGGGGAAUCUGGUGGUAUUUUUCUCUGCGUUAUUUGCCGUUCUCUCCCGUGAGACUCUGGAGAGCGGACUGGUUGGACUGUCCAUCUCAUAUGCCCUAAAUGUGACCCAGACCUUAAACUGGUUAGUGAGAAUGACAUCAGAACUGGAAACCAAUAUUGUUGCUGUGGAGAGAGUGAGCGAGUACACAGAGAUCACAAAUGAGGCUCAGUGGAUCUCAGAGAAUCGUCCUCCAGAUGGCUGGCCAACAGCUGGGAAGAUUUCCUUUGAAAACUACAAGGUUCGAUACCGGCCUGAACUGGAUCUUAUUCUUCAUGGAAUAACGUGUAACAUUGAAAGCACUGAAAAGAUCGGCAUUGUUGGACGAACUGGUGCUGGCAAAUCUAGUCUGACCAACUGUUUAUUUCGCAUUAUUGAGGCUGCAGAAGGCCAAAUCCUCAUUGAUGGUAUUGACAUUUCUACCUUGGGACUCCAUGAUCUCAGAAGCAGAAUAACCAUCAUUCCCCAGGACCCAGUGCUUUUCUGCGGAACUCUGCGCAUCAAUCUGGACCCUUUUGAGAAGUUUAGUGAUGAGGAUAUUUGGAGGGUCUUGGAGUUGGCUCAUCUGAAAAAUUUUGUUGGUAGUUUACCAUCAAAACUUCAACAUGAGGUUUCAGAGGGAGGAGAAAAUUUAAGUCUCGGUCAGAGACAACUGCUUUGUUUAGCCCGGGCCCUGCUCCGAAGAUCACGCAUACUCAUCCUGGAUGAAGCCACGGCAGCUGUGGAUCUGGAGACGGAUGAUCUCAUCCAGAGCACCAUCCGCAGAGAGUUUUCCCACUGUACUGUGCUAACUAUUGCACACCGUCUCAACACCAUUCUGGACAGCUCACGGGUGAUGGUCCUGGAUUCUGGGAAAAUUGUGGAGUUUGAUUCACCGAGUGCAUUGUUUAACAAACAUGGACAUUUCUAUUCAAUGGCUAAAGAUGCUGGAAUAUCGGCUAUAGAGCACACCUCACUGUGAACAUAGCUGUAGUUCUCUGUUGUGACUUUUACUUUCUGUAUUUGUCUUAUAAAGCUAUUAGUAUUAAAUAUUAUGUAUUAUAGAACAACAUUUAUAAUAUAUAAUUUUUUUUCAGUGCUAAUGUGUCUGUUUGACAUGGAUUUAUGUUGUGACAAUAAAGCACACAUUUUGCAUUCCUUGUUUUAUCUAUAUUUUUAAUAAAGCAUAAGUGUCAGA